AUGCGACCGGAGGGACCGGAAAACCGUGCUGCUCGUGUUGACCAGAGGGGAUCGGGCGGCCGGCGGGCGCCUCGAACCGGCGAUGGAGGUGCAGGCGGCGGCAAUCGGCGCCAAGAAUGGGUGCCGCGAGGUUCUGCUCCUCCGAUCCUCAACCAGCCGCCGCCUCCGCCGCCGGCGGCGGAGGCGGAGGCCAGAGUCAUAACAGAUCUCACCGCCUAUGGACAGCAGCGGAGUCGCCGGAAUCAGUGGCACCGUCGGCACGAGCGCGCCCCUCCGGCGGCGCCCAAUACACGGCCUUCCUCCGCCGCAUCGCCCUCCCCGGUUCUGGCCUCGGUGCCGUCCUCCCUGCCGCAGCUCGUGCAGGAGCUUCAGGAGAAGCUCGUGAAGGGGGCGGUGGAGUGUAUGAUCUGCUACGACAUGGUCCGGAGGUCGGCGGCGAUCUGGUCGUGCGGCAGCUGCUACUCCAUCUUCCACCUGCACUGCAUCAAGAAAUGGGCGAAGUCUCCCACAUCCGUGGAUCUAUCUGCUGCACCUGGUGCAAAUGCGGCUCCUGGCCUCAACUGGCGCUGUCCGGGAUGCCAGUCCGUACAGGUCACGCCCUCCAAGGAUCUGCAGUACACCUGCUUCUGCGGGCGGCGGCGGGAUCCUCCGAACGAUCUGUACCUGAUUCCACACUCCUGCGGCGAGCCCUGCGGGAAGCCUCUGGAUCGAGGUCGCCCGCCGGCGACUGAAGAAGGAGGUGACAGUCUCCGGUGUCCCCAUAUGUGCGUGCUGCAGUGUCACCCUGGUCCUUGCCCCCCGUGUAAGGCCUUCGCGCCCCGCCGGCAAUGCCCGUGCGGCAAGCAGACCCUCGCCCGGCGCUGCUCCGACCGGACGUCGCCGCUCUCUUGCGGGCAGAAGUGUGGCAAGCUUCUCCUCUGCGGCCGCCACCGAUGCGAUCGAGUCUGCCACACCGGGCCUUGUGAUCCCUGCCAGGUUCUGAUCAGUGCUUCGUGCUUCUGCAAAAAGAAGACGGAAGUGGUUCUCUGCGGAGAGAUGACCGUCAAGGGAGAUCUCAGGGAAAUCGAUGGGGUCUUCUCCUGCAACUCUACCUGCGGGAAGACUCUGGCAUGCGGGAACCAUUUCUGCGCUGAAGACUGCCAUCCUGGGCCUUGUGGGGAGUGUGAAUUACUUCCGAGCAGGAUCAAGACCUGCUACUGUGGGAAGACGGAGAUGAAGAAGACCAGAUCAAGCUGCCUGGAUCCAAUUCUAUCCUGUUCUCAAGUCUGCGGGAAGCUCCUUCCCUCUUGUAUUCACAGGUGCAAGGAAACCUGCCAUGAGGGAAGCUGUCCUCCCUGCCUGGUUCUGGUCAACCAGAGUUGCCGUUGCGGGUCCGUUUCCAGGGUGGUGGAAUGCUUCAGGACUUCAAGCAAGGAGGUGUUCUUAUGCGAGAAACCCUGCGGCAAGAAGAAGAACUGCGGGAGGCACCGCUGCAACGAGCGCUGCUGCCGCCCGUUCUACCCUUCCUCCGCCGCCGGCCAGUUCUCCGGCGACUGGGAUCCCCACUUGUGCCAGAUGCCCUGCGGCAAGAAGCUCCGCUGCGGGCAGCAUUCCUGCCAGUCCCUCUGCCACAGCGGUCACUGCCCGGCAUGCCUGGAGACCAUCUUCUCGGAGCUGAGCUGCGCCUGCGGGAGGACCUCCAUUCCGCCGCCGCAGCCCUGUGGGACGCCCUACCCUUCCUGCCCCCACCCCUGCCAGGUUCCGCAGCCCUGCGGGCACGAGGCGACGCACACCUGCCACUACGGCGACUGCCCCCCGUGCUCGGUUCCAGUGGCAAAGGAAUGCAUCGGAGGCCACGUCGUUCUGAGGAACAUCCCCUGCGGAUCCAGGGACAUCCGCUGCAACCAGCUCUGCGGGAAGACCCGUCGGUGUGGGAUGCACGCCUGCGCGAGGACGUGCCAUCCUCCGCCCUGUGAUUCCACCUGCGAGUCCGGGCGUGGCGGCGCAGCUGGCUCCACGGCGGCGGCGUCCUGUGGCCAGGUCUGCGGCGCACCGAGGAGGGACUGUCGACACACCUGCACUGCAGGCUGCCAUCCUUCGUCUCCGUGCCCUGAUCUGAGGUGCGAGUUUUCCGUGACGAUCACCUGCUCUUGCGGACGGAUAACAGCCACCGUACCUUGCGGCGCCGGCGGCAACGGCGCCGGUGGCGGCUUCCUUGAAGCGUCGAUCGUUGAGAAGCUGCCCGUGCCGCUUCAGCCGGCGGAAGAAAAUGGCCGGCGGUUGCCCCUCGGCCAGAGGAAGCUCACCUGCGACGAGGAGUGCGCGAAGCUCGAGAGGAAACGAGUCCUCGCAGAUGCCUUCGACAUCGCCCCCACAAACCUGGACGCCCUCCACUUCGGCGAGAACCCCUCCGUCUCCGAAUUGCUCUCAGAUCUGCUCAGGAGGGAGCCCAAGUGGGUGCUUGCCGUGGAGGAGAGGUUCAAGACCCUGGUUCUCGGAAAGCCGGCUCGAACCAGCAGCAGCAGCAGCAGCCUCAAGGUCCACGUCUUCUGCGCCAUGGCAAAGGAGAAGAGGGACGCCGUCCGGCUGAUGGCAGAGCGGUGGAAGCUCGCCGUCCACGCCGCCGGGUGGGAGCCCCGCCGGUUCCUGGUGGUUCGCGUGACCCCCAAGUCGAAGCCGCCGGCGAGGAUUCUCGGGGCCAAGGCCGGCGCGCCCGUGGCCGGCGUGGCCCCGCCGCCGCCGUUCGAUCCUCUGGUGGACAUGGACCCGAGGCUGGUGGUGGCGCUGCUCGACCUGCCGAGGGACGCGGACAUCAGCGCGCUGGUCCUGCGAUUCGGCGGCGAAUGCGAGCUCGUCUGGGUGAACGACAAGAACGCUCUCGCCGUCUUCGCGGACCCCGUGAGGGCGGCCACCGCUAUGCGCCGCCUGGAUCAUGGUUCUCCCUACCACGGCGCCGUCGUGUUUCUGCAAACCGGCGGAGCGUCUGGGGCCGCCGGUGGUGGCGGCGGUGCGUGGGCUUCUUCGGGAGCGAAGGACGCGGUGGCGGCGGCGAUGAGCAGGGCUCCUCCGAACCCCUGGAAGAAGCUCGUCGCCCCGGAGGUGGAGGUGGAGGGUUCCUGGGCUUCGCAGAACCGCUGGAAUGCCCUCGACACCGACGCGGCGGCGGAACCUCAGCAGCAGGUGAGGACGGAUCAAGCGGGAGCUCCUCCGGCACCAGAGCUGAUGAUCCCCACCCCCGCUGGCUCUGCAACCCUGGAGGAGGUGGACGACUGGGAGAACCUCACUGAUUAG